AUGGAGAAUAAUGAUACUAAUGCGACCAAUAUUGAUGAUAGUAGUUCUAUUUCAACAGUUCAUAUUUAUCAAAUAGUUCUUGGUUGUUUGACAUUUUUUCUUGUUUUACCAUUUGUUUUAAUUCCUUUCAAUCGUUAUCCAUUGGGUAGUACUGGAGCUGUCUUAGUUGGUGCUUUUCUUAUGGUUGUUACAACUGUUGUUGAUCAAUCAGAUGUUUAUAAAGUUAUUGGUGAUGUUAAUAAUUUAAAAACAAUAUUUCUUCUAUGGGGUAUGAUGAUUAUAUCAUCAUAUUUUGAACGUGAACGUUUAAUUGAUCAUUUAUUAAAUAAACUCUUUCCAUUUGAAUGCUCAUUCUAUUGUUGGCUUUUUCGUUUAAGUAUAGUUGAUUCAUUUCUUGCUGCUUUAUUCACCAACGAUGUUGCUUGUGUAAUACUCACACCAUUAGUACUUAGCAAAUGGAUUGAUCAAAAACGAAAUAAAAAUGAACUGAAUACUUUACUCUUAGCUUUAGCUACUCAGGCAAAUAUUGGAAGCACACUAACGAUUUUCGGCAAUCCUCAAAUGGCUUUAAUAGCAUCUAAAUCAAAUGCUUUUGUUGAUCGUCAUAGUCGAUUUGAAUUAAAAACAUGUGUCGAAUAUUUAUGGAUACCAGCUUUUAUUGUUUGGUUAUUCAAUUUAAUUUUUCUUCUAAUACAUUAUCAUUUAAAUCAAUGUCAAUCAAAUCAAACAUCAUGCGAAGAUGAACCAGAGGAAACAUCCGUUGUUGAGCAAUCAGUGAAACAAGAACAACCAUCAAUCUUUACAACCACAAGCACAAUAGAAUUACCUCGAUUCACUGAACGUUUUCGACUAAGACGACUAGAAGGCACAUGCGAACAAAGACCAUCUAUAUUAUUUAAAAAAUCCCCAUUAAUGGUUGAUCGAAGCGUUUCAGUUGCUUCAUUUCCUAGUUUAGACGAAGAGAUUAGUGAAAAUGACAAUACUUUUCAACCAUCUCAAUCUCGAUUUUUUAAAGUUAUUCUUUCCAUACUACUUAUAACUGUGAUUGCAUUAUUAUUUGCUUCAAAUGACAAAGUUAAUUUUGAUAUCGGUUUGGUUCCUACUGGUGCAGCCAUCAUUCUAUUAGUUGCUGAUACUCUAAUCAAUCAUCGACCUCCAAUACUUAUGCUAACUCGAAUAGAUUGGAAUGUUCUUCUUCUCUUUUUUGGCCUUUUUGUUUGGCUCAAUGGACUUAAUUCGACUGGUAUUCCUCAUCGUAUCUGGGUAGCACUCAAUCGUGAUUCAGCCUCGUUAACAAAUAUUAAAUCCCUUUUACUGUUCUUUAUAUUUAUUCUCAUUGGUAGUAAUAUUUUUUCCAAUGUUCCAUUAACUUUACUUGUUCUUGAACAAGUUCCACGUGCAGGUGAUCAUCUCGGUUUGGUAUUAUACCUUUCUUUUCUCACAACAAUUGCUGGUAAUCUAACUCUUUUUGGUAGUGUAGCCAAUUUGAUUGUUACUCAAAAAGCUUUAACAAGUUCCCUUAAACAUCGAUUCAGUUUUUGGACUUAUUUCAAAUUCGGUUUUCCAACUACUAUUUUACUCAGUCUUGUCGGAAUGUUUAUUAUCUAUGGUUUACUUCAAGUUAUUCAUUAA